CGGUUAACAAGUGGUUCAAUAGUUUCACGUCAUAAACAGUGUUUAUCCUUUUGGUAUCAUAUGUAUGGGGAUGAUAUUGGUAGAUUAAAAGUAUUCCAAAUUAAUAGUUUAAAUGGGAAGAAAAAACGCAUCUUCCUUAAAAAGUCUAACCAAAGUCAUGCAUGGCUGCAAGCGACUAUCGACUUAAAAAAUGUGGGAAUUUACCAAAUCAGGUUUGAAGCUACCCAUGGAAAUGGUCCAAAAGGAGACAUCGCUCUCGAUGAUAUCAGUAUUGUAAAUAAAAAGUGUGCAGAUUUUAGAAGUGAAUGCCGUUCAAAUGCUGGUGCUUGUAAAGGGACUACCAAUCACUUUAAAAAUUGCCAACCCGUAAAUGAAGCAUAUCAACUUGACGAAUGUUCAAACAUUUAUAUGAACAUUAACAAAAACAGUUUGAGAUUUGACCCAGAAUUCAUCUCAACUGCAUGUUCUGCUAUUUACCAGCAAAUUAAUGAUUCUCUAUGUACAAAUGUGUCAAAUUGGGACUUUUGUUCAAUUGACAUAUCUAAAUAUACACAGGAUCAUCCAAAAUGCUUUCAACGUUACUCCAUCAGAACAGAAUACGAAUGUGAAGACCCACAAGAAACAGUAAUGAACUCGUCAAAAUUUACAGAACCAGUCUUGACGUCACAAUCCGAAACUAAACCUACCUUGUUUGAUAUAACAACAGUACAGAUGAUAACUGAACAGCUCGAGACAACUUACCUGCAUUUACAAACAACCGACAAAAGUCAAACAACUAUCGCACUUAUGUCAUUAACUUCAGAUAAUUUAGACGUUACAGAAUCAGGAACAUCAAAAUCAAAGGCACAGAAAACUAUAGAUCCUUCCAUAUUUGCAGGUUUAGCUGUUGGUGCUGUUAUGUGCGUUGGAAUUUUAAUUGGAUUCAUAAUUCUAUAUUGCAAAAGAAGAUCCAAUAAAGGGAAAUUAGGAGAUGAUAUAAAGCCCAGCAGUGACCAUGCUAUCCAUCGAAAGACAGAUAUAUCUCAAACGAACAGCAAUAUCACUAAUAAAGUAUCGACUGAGACAGACCCCGACUACCAGCACUAUUACGAAAUCAAGGAUAUAAAAAGAUCAUCCCUUAAAGUGCAGGACGAAGAUUAUCUAGCUGACAAUCAGGAAAAUAGUAUUCUAGACCAGAAUAAUACAAUCAAAGAGAGACUUGAAAUAAGUAACCCUCUAAAUCAUUCCGGCUACGAUAUAAUCGUAGAAACGCUACAGAGUAAAGAAGACAAUAAAACAACUGACAACAAAAACAAGACGACAGCGCUACAUGUAGGAGAGAACUAUUACACUAGUAUUGAUCCAAAGACAUUCGAACAUGACAACGAAUACGACGUCCUUAGUUCACAUAAUGAAAUAUGUAAUCUAUCAUUACCCGAUAUUUCCAGUCUAGCAACCUAUGUUGUUUUAGAUCCAAAGGCAACAGGGUUCAAUAGGUUAAAAGAUCAUUUUUGUACAUACGAUAAAGAAGAUUCAAGUAAACGUGAGACUAGCUCUCUGAAUGGAAAGAUAAUCCGUGAUAAAACUGCGACAUCAGAAACUAAUGUCUCCCUGGAUCCGGAAGAAACAGGGUUCAGUAGGACUCAAAGUUUACCUUAUAAGAACAAAAAAAGACUAUAA